AUGCAGCGGUCGUGGCUAUAUCCUGCAAGGGCCGCAUCAUCGCAUAUAGGCGCAAUCCGGGCAUAUGCUUACACGCCAAAACCACACCAUGAAUUGAAAGGAAUCCGGCCGGAACCAGUGUUUCCAGUCGAGUCCGAUCCAGCCGUCUUCCGUCGCUCUCUCGACAAGAUCCUGCCUAAGGAGAGUACUUCACUGCUUACUGAUGCCGUUGCACUACAAAUCUUUACGCACAAAUCAUUCAUGCAUGGGCAAGUACCGUAUAAUAGCAAACUCGGGUUUAUGGGAAGACGGGCACUCAAUCUUGCGCUCUUACUGCAUCUUGCCUCACAAGCCUCGUCCUCUCCCUUAGCUAUUGCUGGGAAACAGGUGAAUGCACUGUACGCGCCAACAAUCGGGUAUCUCAUGGAUACACGCAGUUUAAGCUAUGCAGCACAAGCACUUGGCUUUGAGCCGCAUUUAAUGCGUUGGAAACCACGGCGUGCAGAGGAUCUAGCGGGGAGCGGCCUUCCAAGUGUACAGAAGCAUGCCUUGCUCGCGGCGAUUGGAUGGCUUGAGUUGGGCGUGGGUAGUGCACAAGCAAGGCAGUUUUGUGAGGACAAAGUCGUCCCUGAGCUGAUACAGAGUACGGAGAAGCAGAAAGCUAUGGCGCGGGAGAGUGCCCACGCAACGGGCACAAGCGCCUCCCAAAUCAUCACAGAAUUGCCUCUCUCCGAUCCAAAUUCCACACGUACCUCACGCGCCCCUUCACCAGGCACCCUCCCGGCAACGGGAACCUUGCGUCUUCGUGGUGAGCAUCGCCGUAGUCGACGCGUACAAUGGGCGCAACAGACGGUUGAUAAUGAAGGCCUGGGACGGAAGAGUUCCAAGAUUUGUUGUAUUUACCAUCGUCCGCGACACUUUGAUUCAAGCUCUUCCUCUUCUUCCUCUUCAUCUGGCAGUUCAAGCGAUGGUUCGGAUGUUGGGAAUACUUCUGGCGACGAUGAACUCGGUGAAGAGGCAAGAGCUGCGAGGAAGGCGUUGAGGGAGCGACAGCAAGCUAGACGAGAAGCACGAUUGACGCACAAGAAGCGCAAGGCUGAUGCGCGGAAGGAGAAGCGUGAGCAUACGCAUGAUGGGCCGUGUCGACAUGAUGAAGAUCAGGCACAAGGCGACAAGAAGGACAAAGAUGCCGAGGACGCAGACGAUGAAGAAGAAAAAGAUGCAAGCACGGAAGCGACAAGGGAGACAGCAACGAGUCAAAGCACAGAGUCCAAGAGGCCAGCGAAACCGAAUGCAUACGAAGAAGGUCCUCGCUAA